AUGGGUCGCCGUAUCAAGGUCCAGAGGAAGGGUAGCAGUACCGUCUUCAAGGCCCACACCCAUCACCGCAAGGGAGCCGCGAAGCUGCGCGCCAUCGAUUACGCCGAACGACAUGGCUACAUCAAGGGCGUCGUCAAGGACAUCAUCCACGACCCGGGCCGUGGAGCACCAUUGGCCAUCGUCCACUUCCGCAACCCGUACCGCUACCAAACCAUCAAGAGCACGUUGAUUGCUGCCGAAGGCAUGCACACCGGCCAGUUUGUGUACUGCGGAAAGAAAGCCCAAGUCCAAAUCGGAAACGUUCUUCCCGUCGGUGAACUACCUGAAGGAACCGCCAUCUGCAACGUCGAAAGCCGCAAUGGCGACCGAGGCGUCCUCGCCCGCGCUUCUGGCAACUACGGAACUGUCAUCGCCCACAACCCCGACACUGGCAAGACCCGUAUCCGUCUGCCCUCAGGAGCCAAGAAGGUUGUCGCCUCUGCCAACCGUGCCAUGAUCGGAAUCGUCGCUGGUGGCGGAAGGACAGACAAGCCCAUGCUCAAGGCCGGAAACGCCUACCACAAGUACAAGGCGAAACGACACAGCUGGCCACGCGUGCGAGGAGUUGCUAUGAACCCCGUUGAACAUCCCCACGGAGGAGGUAACCACCAGCACAUCGGACACCCCUCAACCGUCGGCCGCGGCGUCAGCGCCGGAAAGAAGGUUGGACUCAUCGCUGCCCGCAGGACUGGACGCAUCCGCGGAGGAAAGCCCGAGAAGAAGGGAAAGGAAGAAGCUGUU